UCAGCCUUAAGUAUCUUCUCCGAAGAUAUGAAAAUCUCAACCUUUCUUACCUUGUUUAUUAUCCCGGGGAUAGCCGGGGCCCCGGCGACUUCUAACCGGGUGACAGAAUAUGACUAUAUUGUUAUUGGAGGUAUACAGGCUAUACACAUAAACUUUUGAGAAAAAAUUCUUACUAACCUGGAGGAAAAAUAGCGGGAACCGCAGGUGGCUAUCUAGCCCACCGCCUCUCUACAGCUGAUAGCGGGAAAUCUGUCCUUCUUCUUGAAACCGGCCCGAACACAUUAUCCUCACGGGGCUCAAAGGAAAUCGAAAAUCCCAAUCUUUUUUCCCUCUUGCCCGGAAACUUUGCCGAGAAUGUAGCCCAGUCACGCACAAACUACCUUUACAAAAUUGCCCCACAGGCCGCACUUGAAAAUCGAGUUCUCACAUAUCAUCGCGGAAAGGGCUUGGGUGGUACCAGUGCUAUAAACUACAUGGCCUGGGUCAAAGGUUACAAGGGUGAUUAUGACGAAUGGGCUGGGGUUGCGAAUGAUUCAGCAUUUGGUGGGGAGGAAGGGUGGGAGAGGAUAAAACGUGUAAGCGCCAACCAGUUAAUAUAUGCGUUCAUAAAAAAAAACCCCCAUUAAUCUCAGGAAAUAUAUAGCUCGAAAAUUUUGAUGCCACCGGUUUGCCAGUAAGCUAUUCCCGUUACGCUGCCCCGGAUCUCUCCAAUCACGGAAACUCGGGACCAAUCCACAACGGCCUUCCCAAAAAUCCCAUCCCUGGCCUUGCCUCAUUUAUAGAUGGCUGUGUUGAGGCGGGGGUUCCAAAGUCUCUUGAUACAAAUUCUGGAAAAAUUGUCAGUCCAUCUCCUAGUUUUGAAAUUAUAGGCCGCAAACACGAUACAAAUACUUCGUGUUGGGUGCUUAUGCACCAUAAACUAACCCGGAAGAUAGAUUGGAGCAGGUAUUGCGCAAAUGUCGAUUUACAAGGGUGCUAGGGCCUCAUCGGCAACUCAAUGUCUGAAUAGUAGAGGAGAUCUCGGAGCUGGGCUUCGCAAACAACCCAAUUUAGAGAUAAAGGUGGAUACGAGAGUUGAAAAGGUUAUAUUUGACGGCCUCAAAGCUGUUGGUGUACAAAUUGUUGGCGGGCUCAUAUGUAUUCAUAGCUCCCUCCACAACACACUCCUCAAACCGCAUACUAACACCCACAGAUCGUGCAAGGGGAGAAGUUAUUAUUUCUGCCGGCUUCAUCGACUCACCGAAGCUGUUGCUGCUCAGUGGGGUCGGCCCCAAGAGGGACUUGGAAAUGUUGAAUAUUACAGUUAUAUCUAAUUCACCCAACGUUGGCAAGAACAUGCUUGUAAGUGACUUUCUCCAGCUCCCCAUAACCCUCAAAUGCUAACCGAAAUCGCCCAGGAUCACUCUACAAUUUUGCUAGACCCCAUAUUCAAGCAAGACCUCCGUGUGCCAACCUCCAAUUCAUUCUGGAAAAACCCUGACCAUGUCCUUUGGGAGACAAAGAAGUGGCUCCACACCUAUAAUUCCAGUGCUGGUGAAGGCGAGGGGGAAAUGACCCGUUUUGGAGGAUCCGCUGCUAUUGCCUUUAUCAAGUUUACCCCGGAAGAGCGCGAGAAAUGGCCGGAAUGGAAAGCUUUGACGGCAGAGGAACGAGUCCGGUUUUUGGAUCCCGAUAGACCGGAUACUGAAAUAUUCUACUUUGUAAGUUUGUUAGCGCCAAUUCCCCUCCCAAUACAAUACAGCGCAUACUAAUAUUCAACCCUUCCUUCAGCUUGGAUACCUCCCCGCCGGAAAAGCCAUACCAGCCGGAUCAGAACCAAAUUCAUAUGCCCGCCUAUUCCUCCUUCAGCAAAACAAUCUCUCUCGUGGCUCAAUUAGCCUCAAAACCUCCGAUCCGGCAGAAGAACCUGUGAUCAACCCCCAAUAUUUCUCACACCCCUACGAUGUUCGCAUUGCCGUGGAGACAGUUAAAGCUGCUGUAAAAAUCUUCAAGACCAAGUCACUCUCGGCUCAUUUUGUUGGGAUGGAGUUUGUUGGGGCUACUGAGGACCCCCCUUUCAUCCGUGAUAGCCCCGAGCAGGAAGAGAAGAACCACGAGAAGGGGAAGCUUAGUGGUGGGUUCUAUGUCAAUGGUAUUGAACUCACUGAUGCCGGGAUUGAGAAAUGGUUGAGGAAGAAAGGCAUGGGUCAAGGGUAUCACGGAAUGGGUACUUGCAGAAUGGGAGCCGCCGGCGACCCCUUGAGAGUUGUAGAUUCUGGCGGGAGAGUUGUCGGCGUGAAGGGGUUGAGAGUAGCUGAUGCAAGCGUUAUUCCUAUUGUCAUGAAGUAAGUUCCUUGCCCCCCACCCACUAGGUCCCUUUCCAGAGAAGUAAAGCUAAUAUAUUGAACUACUAAAUCAAUAGCAACCAUCCGCAGGUUCCUGCAUAUUUAGUUGCUGACGUUGUCGCUGACUCCAUCAUAGAAGAUAGUAAAUAUCGAGGCAAUACUAGCCCGUAACAAGUAUUCAGAUUUUAGGAAUCCUAUCAAACAAAUUUGCUUUUAGCAUA